AUGGUUCCCGCUGCCUAGAGGCGGCUCUGCGCGGGCCGCAGGGGAGGUCACUUCCUGUUCUCGCUGGUCGGCGCUUCCGGCUGGGCCUGGCUCCGGGCCCCGCGGAGCAGCGGAGAGGCCGGGCCGGCGCGGCGGCUUUUCACCAACGUGAUAGCCAGGCCCCGCCGGGGUCUUUCUGGAUUUCCCACAAUGGUGUCAGUUACAAUGGCUACAUCUGAGUGGAUUCAGUUUUUUAAGGAAGCUGGGAUUCCUCCAGGCCCUGCUGUCAACUAUGCGGUUAUGUUUGUGGAUAACAGAAUCCAGAAGAACAUGCUGCUGGACCUGAACAAGGAGAUCAUGAAUGAGCUAGGGAUCACGGUGGUGGGGGAUAUUAUCGCUAUCCUCAAGCACGCUAAAGUUGUUUACAGACAGGAGAUGUGCAAGGCAGCUACUGAAUCGGUGUCCUCCAACCAGCCAAGUGCGCAGUCCGAGCGCCGCAGGAGCACCACCAGCGCUGCCACCCGUAUGAUCGCUAACAGUUUAAGCCGAGAUUCGCCACCUGCUACCCCUGUCCGUAGACCCGACACCAGUACGUCCAAAAUCUCUGUUACUGUGUCCAACAAAAUGGCUGUGAAGAACGCAAAAGCAGCUUUAUGCGAUCCAGCGGACGAGAGCCUGGUGGGCCCGGUGAAGCGACGACGAGUUACAGCGGAGAUGGAAGGGAAGUACAUCAUCAACAUGCCAAAAGGUACCACGCCCAGGACUAAGAAAAUCCUGGAACAGCAGGCAGCAAAAGGUACCACUGGUGUGCCCAGGACAUCUGUGUUUGACCGGCUGGGAGCUGAGAUGAAGGCAGACACAACCACUGGGAAUAAGCCUACAGGGGUCUUCAGCCGACUGGGGGACACACUGGAGGCAGAGGAGGAUAAAGUCACAGAGAGCGACGACGACUGCUCCGUCCUGCAGUAUGCUGGGGUCCUGAAGAAGCUCUCCAAGCCUUUACGCAAGGAAAGUGCCAAACCAGGAGUAACCAUCAAAGCAAAAGCCACGAGCUCGGAGGCAAAACCAGCUGUGACGACCAUUCGGCGACUUGGCAACAAGAGCACUAGCCUGGCGGCGAAGGAAAAGAAGCCGGAAUCAGCGUCCAAAGUCAGUGUCGUACAGAGACUGGGCAAGCCCGCCCUGCCCACCGAGGCCCAGGACAGCAGCGUCACCAGCACGAAGAACAAAGCUGAGCCGCAAUUCAGGGUCACUCUAAAGAGGACUUUGGGUAGUGCUAAGGUUCUUGCCUGUAUCUAGGAAGUAGCAUCUCGAGGUCUCCGUACAGAGAUAAUAUGGAGUGGGGACACUGUGCUGGAACUCUUGAGUCUAAGAGGGUUUCCUAGCAACCUAUAAAACCAAACGUAAGGGCUCCAGGACACUGCGCAGACGUUUGUUUGAAUGUUGUCAGUCCAAGAGUAUUAAUCUAAGAACCACGGGAGAUGUCUCUUCUCCUUCCGUCCUCACGCCUGCUCUUGUGCGAACAUUUCUUAGUACCUUUGCUAGCGUCGCUCCUCCUGCCUCUUCCCAGUACAGCCUUGCACUUGUAUUCCAGGCACGGGUUUCCACCCGGCUCUGUGCAGACAUUGCACUCUGAGAGGUGUGGCAUGGGUUCUGACAGGUCCGUGGGCAGCUCCAGUGUCUGCCAGGAGCAUGCUACGCGUAUGCGUGGCCUGGAUGUGUUUGGUCAGUUCAAGAAAUAAUAUUUUGUUUGCGGGGGAGGGGGAGAGUUUGUUCAGACUUCAGUGGCCAGUUGCCCUAAACUGUAAAGGCUGUCCAAUUCUGCACAGGGCCAGCUUUCUCUUCGGAUUUCCCAGGUCAGAUCGAUCGGCCUCAUCCCCAGAGGCUAGAUACUGGCGUUGCUUUCCCGGAGGCAGCAGAGCUGCCCUCUCCUGAAGAGAUUUCAGCACCCUCGUGCUGAGUGGCUUGGUUUUGAGUAGGCCGGAGACUCAGCAGUGAAGUAAUUUUGCACAUGUGCAAAUACAAAGGCAGAUGUCUGGCUUUGAUUACGUCUCAGCUUCUCUGUCCCCAGGGAAGGCAACAGGCCUUGCUCCCCUUCCUAAAAGGCAGGACUCCUGUACAUUAUUUUCUGUAGGGAGACUAGACGGUUAUGCUGCUGUGUCCAGCCUGGGACAGGAGCCAGGGUCGCUACCAUGCUGUGUGGUGGACCCCACGCAAAGCCCCAUUCUGAGUGGACACGUGCCUGUAUCGAAGAGCCACGGGUGCAGUUGGUGCUGUCACUCCUGGGGGAAAGGCCGAGGACCGAGUCCUCUCUCCCAUCUCGGUCAGAACGUAGCAUAUGACGGGCAGCUUGUCCUGUUCCGUGAAGAGAGGGUAGUCACAGGGCUGUGGGCCAGCUAGUUCCAAUGGCAGUUUGUGCUCCCCUCUUCCCCUCCCUAAAGGGGGUUACUCCUCCCUAGUAGGUACUGGGGGGGCGGGGAAGAGGUUAAUGCCCGUCAGGCUAGCUGGGCAGCUGUCUGGAGUUCACAGACAAAGCUUGGCAGUGUCCCGAGAGAGGUUCCCUGGCUCUGUACCUGCUGGAACACCAGACUAAGGUGGUCACAUGCAGCCCACAGACCUGGAGCAUGGCGUGCAGCCGCACCCUCCCUUGGUGAGUGCUGCAGGAUAUUCGGGUAAAGAGCACUAGGUUAGCGCUAAGUGAGUUAUCUUACUAAAGAGAGUGUAACCUGCCAGAUAGGCCCCAGCUGGCAACGCUCCAUCUUGGCAUAGCCGGAUAUGCUGGGAGCAUCUGUGGGACAUGGCACCGGAGCAAAGAUGAGUGGCUGCCGUUGGCUUCCUUACCAACUGAUUAAGUGUGGUUGUCACUGUAGACCACCUGUGCCCUAACACCAAUGCUGUGUUAGCCUGCCAUGUCGUCGUGCGGUGUCAGGUCUCUCUCUGUUGGUACUGCAGCUGAGGCGCUGGACUGAAGGACUGACUGUUAAUCCAAACAACGAUUCCUCCGUCUUUUAUCUACUGUUCUUUAUUAAGCCAAACAGGCGGUUUAAUGUCUCUGGAUAUAGGCCUCCUCCUGAAGGAGAUCCUGUCGCCUUUUUUGCUGUGGGUUUACUGCAUCCCUUUAGCUUUUCUAUUUUAUAAUCUGGUUUUCAGUGGUUGCCUGUAUUGGUCUUCCUGUUUGUUCUGAAGUGCUAACUUUUCUUGUGAAACGCCCACUUUGCAGGCUCCUUAGGCUUUAUAACGGGGUUAAAACAGGAGUGUUCAGCUGUGCGAUGGAGAUGAGGAGGAGAAUCUUUGCUGCAGGGUGUUUCUGAAGGGAGGGGAUGGGGUUAUUGGAUCCAAGAAAGGGAAGUUUGGUUUUUUUCCCCCCCAAAGACAAAAUAGGAAAGAUGGCAUAACCCAUUACUGAGCAUUUUCGUUGUGCCUGCGAAAGGAGGGGUAAGUGUUCUGAAUGUUUUUACACUGUUGGAGGCAAAACACUUUUUUAAAGGAGGAGAAUGAAAUCUGCACCCAGGCUACAUUGUGUAGUCAGCGGCCAGGAGGCAGUAGAGAUUUGUGUAAUGCACUCAAGGCACGUGCCAUGAUUCUUCAAGGAUUCAACGUGCUGUUGCAAUAAAGCAUAAAAAAAGA